AGGAGGCACCAUAGCCGGUGAAAGUUCAAAGGUUACAAGUCACCAUCAUGGCUGCCAAACUCACACUUUCUCGUGUUCGACGCUGCUUUUUCGACAAAAAUGCCGCUUUCAUCCUUCAACAAAAGAGGACUAUAUCUCUGCUUUCAAAGACAACCACGAGGCAUCUAACCCCAAUACAGGCAACGUCCUUCUUGUCUAAACAAGCCUCUAGAACUCCGUUUUUCCCUCCCGAAGUCGGUGCUAGUUUGCUCCCGCGUAUGAGAAGUUACUGCAGUGUGAGCAGAGCGUGCUGGAGCUGCAGCAGACAGACCACAGGCUGGUUCUUCUGUGAGUUCUGUCAGAUGGUCCAGCCGCCAGCUCCGCAGGCCACGCUGUUCGACGUCAUGGACUGUGCCAAGAAAUUUGACGUAGACAACACCAAACUCUCAGUAAAGUACAAGGAUCUCCAACGGCUGCUGCACCCAGACAGGUUCUCACAACAUGGGGAGGUGGAACAGGACUACGCCUCUGCUCAGUCAGCCUGGGUGAACAAGGCCUACUGGACUCUGCAGAAGCCCCUCAGUAGAGGGCUCUACAUGUUACAACUAGAAGGAGAGAGUAUAGAGGAAGGAGAGAAGCUGUCGGAUCCUGAGCUGCUGAUGGAAGUGAUGGAGGCGAACGAACGACUGGGAGAAGCAGAGACGGAGGAGGAGGUCAGGAGCGUAGCGGAGGAAAACAGAGAAAAGCUGGACAGACUUUGUAAGGAACUGUCAGAUGCUUUCGAUAAAGGGGAUGUGAGUAGAGCUAAGGAAAUUUUGACCAGGAUGCAAUACUACAGUAACAUCGAGGACAAGGUCAAGGAGAGGCUGCCACCAUCUUAGGCAUCUUCAAGGAAAUGUCACAAAUAGCUAUAUAGCCAAUGACUCUUUUCUAGUUUGUAAUGAUUAUAGACCAUUUAAUAUGACAAUCAAUGUUUUGUCUUUUAAUAUCAUGAAGUUCUACUGUGUCAUUAUAUAACGCGAACGUUAGUUUCCUUUUUUUUGCGAGGUAUCCUAUAUCCAUUGUAAAUAAAAACGGUAUUUACGUAUUUCAACAAACAAUGGCUUAAAAAAUCUCAUGCAGAUUUGAAUACAUGCACAAGUGUGAAUGGGGCCAAACUGCAUAAUUAUGUAUAUGUCAUGUAUAUAGAAAGAAUUAAACUUUUUUAAAGCAGUAACUGCAGUCUUUUUGUAAACACACCAUGAGCACUCUCUUGGUAUGUACGCACAAAAUUCAAAGUAAUUUCUUUGAAAGUUAUAUUAAAGGUAGAUAAUCAGCAUUUACAUGUGCAAUUUCUGCUCAUCUUUAAAACUUCUUUUUCCCCAAACAAAGUCUUCCAACAACUAGCUAUGUUUGAAAGUCAAGGAAUGUUUUAUAUUAUGUGCAGUCCAUUGAACGGAUUUUCCAAUUAUAGAUAUAUUUAUAAGUCCCUAUAUGUCUUUACCAGCUUGUCUUGUCUUAUUGUUUACACACAUUGUAUAAAGACAACUUUGCUGUUUUAUUGUCCCACAUGCACACGCCCUUUUUUACUGUACCACACUCAGUAAUUGUAAAACUUGUGCAGGGGUUUUUGGCCAACUCUUGUUGUAUUGUAAGUGUUGUACAACUUGUGACCAAUAAAUUAAAAAAAAUCUUGU